UCAAUUGAAAUGUUGUGUUGAUUCCCAUUGUAGUUUUUCCUUUCUCACUAGUACAAAAUACAAAUGAAUGAAUGGUUGUGAACUAGUUCACAUAUCUUAUUUUUGUGAGAAAUGAACUAGUUCUUGUCCUUCAAUUGUUGGGUGUUUUAUUAAUGUAAAACCAAAUUGGGUAAAUACUAAAAUGGGGCAAUCUACUGAGAAAUCUAUUAAACCCAGCCCAAGUCAUUUGCCCCACAAUCCUACUAUGUUGUUGUUUGGUGGUUACCCAAAUUCCCCUUUGUAUUUUUUCCCAUAAGCCAGACCCAGCCAGGUCGCCUUUGCUCUCUUUUAAAUCCAGAAUUUCCCUCUCCCAAGUCUCAACCAGGCCAGGUAAUUGGAAGACAAUUGAACUUGAGUUUAAUGGAUGAUUUCAUGAUUUAGGAUGGUCCCAUUUUUCUUCAUGAAUCUGGGUUCCUGGCACAGGAUGUUAAAGGAGAGGAGAUCCUUGACAUUGGUAAUUGCUGUAUCUGGUGGCUAGAUUAAAUGGUACCUGAAACUAUUGGCUCGCUUUUGCACCACUGCUCCAUAACCAAGGCAUUUCGCAGUGGUCUUUCACUUCAUGCUGCCGUCUUCAAGGCUGGUAUGCAGGCAGAUGUCAUUGUCUCCAACCAUGUCCUCAACAUGUAUGCAAAGUGUGGCAAGAUUAGCUUUGCUCGUCAGGUAUUUGAUGAAAUGUCCGAAAAAAACCUUGUUUCUUGGUCUGCCAUGAUCUCUGGUUAUGAACAGGCUGGGGAGACUUCAUCAGCACUUGAUUUACUUUCCCAAAUGCGCCUUGCACCCAAUGAGUACAUAUUUGCCAGUGCGAUUAGUGCUUGUGCCAACCUUUUGUUGUUAGUGGAAGGACGACAAAUUCAUGCUCAAUCAUUGAAGUACGGAUACGCGUCUGUCUCAUUUGUUUCCAACUCCCUUAUCUCAAUGUACAUGAAAUGUGGUCAUUGUAGUGAUGCAUUGUCAGUGCAUUCUGGGGCAUCAGAACCAAACGCUGUAUCUUAUAAUGCUCUGAUUACUGGUUUUGUAGAAAACCAGCAGCCUGAAAAGGGUUUUGAAGUUUUUAAACAUAUGCAUCAACAAGGCCUUAUGCCAGAUCGCUUUACUUUUGUGGGAUUACUAGGGAGUUGUGCUGAUUUAGAUGCUUUGCAUAGAGGAAUGGUAUUGCAUUGCCAGACAGUCAAGCAUGGACUUGACUCCACCGCUUUUAUAGGUAAUGUGAUCAUGACACUGUACUCAAAGUUUACUUCAUUACAAGAGGUAGAGAAGGUCUUUGAAUUCAUCGAGGAAAGGGAUGGCAUUUCUUGGAACACUUUUAUAGCUGCUUGUUUUCAUUGUGAACAUCAUGAAAAGAGUUUGAGAGCUUUCAGAGAGAUGUUUAAUGAAUAUCACACAAGACCGGAUGAUUUCACUUUUGCCAGUGUACUUUCUGCAUGUGCUGCGCUUGCUUCAAUACUUUACGGCAAGCAGAUUCAUGCUUAUCUGAUAAGAACAAGGCUGAACCAAGAUAUUGGAGUUGGUAAUGCGCUCACAAACAUGUAUGCUAAAUGUGGUUCCAUUGCAUAUGCAUACCACGUAUUCAACAGGAUGUCUCAUCACAAUCUUGUCUCAUGGAACACCAUCAUUGCUGCAUUUGGAAAUCAUGGGCUUGGAAGCAGAGCCCUUGAACUCUUUGAGCAGAUGAGAGCAAUUGGAUUAGAACCAGAUUCUGUGACAUUUGUUGGACUUCUGAUGGCUUGCAAUCAUGCUGGUUUGGUAGAUAAAGGCCUCCAUCUUUUUAAUUCUAUGCAAGAAACCUACGGUAUUGCCCCUGAUAUAGAACAUUUUUCUUGCCUUAUCAACUUGUUGGGACGAGCUGGGAGAUUAAAUGAGGCAGAGGAUUACAUGAAGAAGUAUCCUUUUGGACAAGAUCCAGUUGCCUUAGGGAGCCUGCUGUCUGCGUGCAGACUGCAUGGAGAUGUAGUCAUGGGGGAACGUUUAGCUAAACAGCUUCUGAAACUUCAACCAGUGAGCACUUCACCUUAUGUAUUAUUGUCAAACUUGUAUGCGUCAGAUGAGAUGUGGGAUUGUGUUGCAGAGGCGAGGAAGAUGUUGAAGGGAAGUGGACUGAAGAAGGAAGCUGGGUACAGCCUGGUUCAAGUGAAGGGAAAUUUUGUAAAAUUUACAAUAGGGGAUUUUUCUCAUGCAAGGAUUGAUGAGAUGAUGGACGCACUCAAAACUUUAGCUUGGGAAGGAGGCGGCAUUCCUUUGGAUCUUACAUCCUAGUAUUUUUCAUUAUUUUUAUUAACUUUAAAUUUCAAUUUAAUUUAUAAACACAAUCAAUAUAAUUGGAAUAUGACUCAAAUUAUUAAUAAAAUAACUUGAGUAAUUUAACAUUCAAAAUGACUAAAGCCCAAAAUACUUGAAGCUGAAGUGAUUUGAACUCGUAAUAAAACCAAUACAAAAACAAUUUAAAUGCAUAGUGACUCAAAACGAAAUGGCACAAUUACAAAGUUAACACUUGAUUGGCUCAAUAACCACCUCUACUAAAUAUCUUGCCCUACUUUGCUCUUUGAUGCAAAAUAAAGUUAUAAAAGCAGGAAAAUUAGGGUUCCAUUUUCGAACCAAGCAAAAGCUAACAGCAACCCUAUCAUUUGGCUUGCAUCAUAUUUAGGUAUAAACCUCGGCAGCCAGCUCCAUUAUCAAAAAUACAAAGCUCAGAAAA